AUGACUUUGACGGGAAGAGAGUCCAGUAUCGGUACUGUCAGCCAAAAUGCAUCAAGUGUAACGUUACUGACCUUUUCAAUACCAGAUGAAGAAGUCACUUCUCAUUCCAGAAGAAGACUAGAUCGAAGAAAAAGAGUUAGAAGAAACUUAUCUGAGAAUCGUCUGAUCAUCACACAACAUUUCACUGAACGCACAGUCACACCCGGCGGUGACAUAAGCAUGCAAUGUGCAGCAUCGAGCGACCGACCUCCUCAGUUCACUUGGGAAAGAGACGGAGUUACUAUCUCCAGUAACACUGACCCAAGAUACGCUUUAGGUCAGGUAAUGACGUCAGACAACUCCGUGGUAACCCAGCUUAAUAUAACGAGAGUUAGAGUGGAAGAUGGAGGACUGUACUCCUGUACUGCUAAAGAAGGAGAUAAUGUUGCUACACAUGAGAAUCGACUUGAUGUUUAUGGGCCGCCAUAUAUCAGAUCCCUGCCACCAAUAAAAGUUCAAAGCGGCGAAGCGGUUAAUUUGAGAUGUCCAUUCUACGGCUACCCUAUAAGUAAGAUAGAUUGGGAUUUCAAAGGAAAAAUUAUAAAUUCGAAUAAUCUAUUUCAAACAAGAUACAAACGUGGUACAAUCAAGAAAUAUAAAACCAGACGUAACGUUGUAAACAUACAUGAUGUUCUAACUAUACCUGAAGUUAGUAAAGAACAGAAUGGAGCUGUAUAUACUUGUAUAGUAACCAGUCCAUCUGGUGAAAUGGCAAGAAGAGCAUUCGAGAUACAAGUGAUAGAAGCACCUAUAUUAGAAGACUUACUCUUAGGCAAUAAUCUGCAGGAAGGACAGAUUGUGAAUAUCUAUUGCAAUGUAAGAAGCGGAGAUCUUCCUAUUCACUUCGAAUGGCUUAAAGAUGGGAAAAGGAUAUCUAGUAGUUUAAAGGUAGUUGAACGAAGUUCAGAGUUAUUUAGUGCGUUAGUGAUAAAGAAAGUGUCGUUAGAGCACUGCGGGACGUACACUUGUGUAGCGUCCAAUCACGUCGCUAAAGUCAAUAGGUCCACUGAAUUAUAUAUAAAAGUUGCCCCCAAAUGGGCGGAGGAGCCAUCAAAUUCUUCUCUUCUGUUGGGCAGAAGAGGCACCGUGUCGUGUAGUGCUAACGGAUAUCCACAACCUCAAGUGCAUUGGAUGAAGAAAGAUGCACUUCUGGGCACCUGGCAGCCAGUAUUAGAACUGGCCGGUGGUGGCAUUUUAAGUCUGCCCAAUGGCACUCUGAUCAUAGAAGAGGUGUCUCUGACCGACGAGGGCUUGUACUCCUGCAAUGUCGAGAACGGAGUUGGUAGUCCUCUUAGUAAAACUAUUUGGAUGAGUGUUAAUAAGCCAGUACAUUUCGAGUCGACAUCAACAAAUGUGACUUCCCGACUGGGACACCCAGUCACAUUAGAGUGCAAGGCUUUGGGAGACGAUCCUAUAAGAAUACUGUGGACACACAAUGGAAAUAUACUAGAUUUUCAAAUACACAGAGCAAAACUCUCCGAGACAAAAACAACGCUAGGCCUGACAAGUACAGUCAACAUCCAGUAUUCGGAGACGGGGGAUGCGGGCCUCUACCAAUGCAGAGCAAACAAUCCAUAUGGAACUGCCACGUUCAACGUAUUUCUAAAUAUAUUAGAGCCUCCUACUCCGCCGUCAGAUUUGAGGGUAGAUUCAGUACACGCGCGUUCGGCAGUCGCCUCAUGGCGGUCGGUGCGUGCGCACGCAUCGCGCUAUGCUCUGCAGUACGCGCCAGCGCAUGUCGUUGAUAUUGGAUGGGAACAUGCUGUUAUUAUUAAUAUUACUAGAAAAGAUAAUGACAUGCGACAAUCAGCGGAGCUACAAAAUCUUCGCCCAGCGACCGCGUACGUGGUCCGCGUGGCCACAGGUAACCAGGUCGGCGUCAGCCGGUACACUGCGCCCGUGCACUUCACUACGCAUGAGGAAGCACCUUCAUCGCCUCCUAUCAACAUAAUAGUAGAGCAAACGGAUUCUCCUGGAGAACUGUUUGUAUCGUGGCUGCCUCCGCCAAAGGAGUCUCACAAUGGCGUCAUCACUGGAUACCACGUGAAAGCGGUGCCGCAAAAUGUACCUACGAAUGCAGAGGACAGCGACACGAGAACAUUGAAAGUUUCGCAGAAAUCUGGAAAACAGGAAACGAAAAUAAGUGGUCUAAUGAAAAAUACAAGAUACGCAGUUUCAAUAUCAGCGUUCAACGGCGCCGGUUCUGGGCCGUUUUCAUUGCCCGUGUUUCAAGAUACUAUGGAAGGCGCACCAGAACAUGCACCUACUUCUGUUGAAUGUACGGCGAUAUCGUCAACCUCUUUGCGCGUUGGCUGGCAGCCCAUCACACCGGGCGCUCAGGGCAGCUCACUCGUCGGUUACAGCGUACUGUACGCUACUGAUGACAGCGCUUGGCAGAACCAAACGUCACUCCACACGGAGCUGUACUUGCAAGCUCUGAUGAAGUACACUAACUACACGGUGAAAGUCGUCGGCUACUCAAACUACGGACCAGGACCGUUCUCAUAUCCAAUAGUAUGCGCCACCUUGCAGGAUGUUCCUGAUCCACCAGCGGAUAUCAAAGUAUUAGUACUAUCACCGACCGCACUCCUCGUCAGCUGGAAGCAGCCCGAGCAUCCAAAUGGAGAGCUACUCUACUACACUGUCUACGUCAAACCAACCUCAAGCAAUGGUCCAGCUCAGACGAACCGCGUGGAAGCCGAGGGGCGCACAGUGGCCGAGCUGAAGGAGCUGACCACAGGCCGCACAUAUGAGACUUGGCUGACAGCCAGCACUGGCGCCGGCGAAGGACCGCCCACAAGGCGCGUCUCACAUACGCCAUCACAAAGAGUCGUAGCGGGCGUAGCAUCACUCGGCGGCUUGGUGUCUGUGGGCGUCGGCAGCUCGUUGUUGUUGUCGUGCGCCUGCGUGGGCUCUCCGCCGCCGCGCACUGUGUGGUAUCACAACCACAACAUUAUCACGCAUCACCCGCGCUUCACACGGAACCACGACGACAGUCUGCUCAUUAAUAACAUCGACCAGUCUCUCGGCGGCAACUACACCUGCCUCGCUAAGAAUCUGUACGGCUCAGACUCCGUGGAGUACGUGGUGACGGUGUUGCCUCUACCGGACGCGCCCGUACUCCGCGCCACGCCCUACAAAGACUCUAUACUGGUUGACUGGGAGCAGCCUUACUAUUCACUGGGGAAUAAGAGCCAGAUCCAGAAAAUCAGCUACAGUUUAACUUGGAAAGAAGCCAGUGGUCCAUGGCAGGAAGCCUGGCCGGCAAAUAAGCUCCCAAAUCUAUCUGGAGUUCAAAAACACGCUCUUACGGGCCUCAAAUGUGGUACAAAAUAUUCGCUUAGAAUCACCGCGACUAACAAAGUCGGGACUUCACAACCCGCUUACAUCGAUGUCAGUACAUUAGGUGGCGCUCCGAUUCCGCCGUCAACGAACGAAUGGCUUUGGAGCAACUGUUCGCACAUGUUCGUGCAGCUGGCGGGCUGGGACGACGCCGGCUGCGAGCUGCGCUCCUGGGACCUCGAGUACCGGCCGCUCGGCACCAGGAAUUGGAUACGGGCUCAUAAUACACUGACAUACACGAACCCCUCAUGGAGUGUAUACCAGUCCAACAGCCCGAGUUACCGCACAGGCUCGUUCGCGAUCAGCGACCUGUCACCCGGUACCUGGUACCAGGUGCGCGUCACCGCCACCAACGAGGCGGGCAGUGUCACUACCACUUAUAACUUCGCUACUAAAAAUGAAGAUGGCAGUGAAGUGGGACCUCCUUCUGAAAUCUUCGACAUAAAUAUGUUAGUGAUAGUCUGCAGCUCUAUACUGCUGGCGCUCUGUCUUGUCAGCUGUAUUUAUAUAUUGGUCAAGAGACAGAGAGCGGGCAACCUGACCGAGUACCGCGAUUCAAUAACAGCGGACAAGUCAGGCAGCGGUGACGUCACCGCUAAUACGUCACACAGCAAUCUCGCCGGCAAGGAGCCGCCCGCCAGGAUAUACAGCGCCCCCAUACAUAUGAGAAAUAAUAGUAAACACGAGCUGUACGAGAUAAGUCCGUACGCGCAGUUCGCGGUCGGCUUCCGGACAUUCGGCCACGUCGAGAACCAGGACCUGCCGUGCAGACAGAACAAGCUGCGAUACGAUACUGAAACGAGUUUCCAACUGUGUUCAGAAUCAGAAGACAGCGAUAGCAUAUCGAAAUCGACUCUGAAGAGUAUGCCAAGAAAAAUUUGUAGAACACCACAUCAUAGGUAACUAAACUGAAACUUUCAUUGUAACCAAUAAUUGAGGACCAUCGCU